GACAUUACGUCAUUGCGUAAAUGUAUUUAAUUACGCAAUAUCAUUGUUUGGUCGUGUCGAGCCUUUGAGCAAGGAUAUUAUAGAAUUAAAUCACCUUCUAAAAUAAAACAUUUCAACGACCAUAGGAUAUACGAGAAGAUGCUAACUACCGCAUCAUUUUAUCAAAUCGUUCUUAGUUUAGUUGCUAUACUUGUUGUGUAUAAGAUUCUGAAAUAUUUCACUGGCACUGGCAUCAAGCAUAAUGAAGUGCCACCAAACAUGCUAUCUUCAAGUCAUCGUCAACUGGGAUUUUUCGAGCAAUUGUUCGAUAUUUUUUCCAUGGAAAGCUUAGGCUCGAGCAACAUCUGUAUCGCGAUAUCAAUAAAAUCGAAAGUUAACCUGGUACAUCGACAUGUUCGCGAGGCUUUGAUACUGCUGGUCAAACGACAACCAAUGCUUCGGGCAGUCAUAACAACAAUGUCGAACGGGGAUAAAUAUUUCAUAGUGAAGGAGAUUGAUGAAGCUAUUGCUAUGUUAGAUAUCACCACUUUAGACGUAAAGUCCUCAGACUGGAAAGAUAUCUGGUAUGAACAUACUUCAAAGCAGAGAACCAGCGAUGGGCUGUUAUGGCGGGUUGUAAUAUUGAAAGAGGAAUUUUUAACAGAUACUAAGGAUUAUGCAAAUACAUUAGUGUUUAACUUUAAUCACUCGUGUAUUGAUGGCGUGUCUUGUGUGAAGCUUUGCCAACAAUUACUCGCUCGGAUGAACGAAUUAGCGAAUGGCUCUAGCUAUGUUGAGGAUCAAAUAUGCAGCCUUGAUCUGCUGCCGUAUUUUCAUAAUAUCAUCAUACGCGGACGAAUUUGGCAUUCGUUGUUUAAUUUUGUUCUUACAUACUCUGGCCUGCAACCUAUACUUAAUUACUUGAUGAAGAAAAUGCUUGUUCGAGUCAUGAAGAAAAAGCCACUGAAUCCUUAUUAUGCGCAGUUUUCGAGGAAUAUAGAAACUCCUCAAGAUGGCCACAUAAAGCUACCAGUAAUAAAGGAGUUCAGUAAGGACGAAACAAUAAAGUUUGUAAAAGCGUGCAAAGCCAAUUAUUGUACUGUAACUGGAGCUAUCACAGCUGCAAUACACCUAGCAUUCUGUUCCCUUCUUCAAAAUGACCAGUCGAAGGAUCUCGUAUUUGAUUAUAUGUUUGCAAUCAAUUCUCGUCGCUUCUGUAAUCCGAAACCAGACGAAGACUACCUCGGUGUCUUUAUGUAUAACUCAGAUUAUAGUCUAAAGUAUGCGGAUAACCUAAACCCUAAUUUUUGGAACCUGGCACAACAAAUAUCUCAAAAUUUAAAAGAUAUCGUAAGAAACGAGGCAUUUGUCCCACAAAUGACGGUGUUAGAUAAAGCAUUAAAGCCAAGGGAAUUGAUGAGUCAUGUCUUUGACCCAAAUUACUUGGACAAAGCAAUGUGCAAUUACAUUACCAGUUUUGGUUCUUUUCAUGUUGAUGACGAUAAAUUUGAGCAAUCCACGGUUUAUAGCCUGAGUAACUUUCUCACGAAUACACUUACACGCGACACGAAUUUCAACUUUGGUCAUUUUGUAUACUCGAUUGAUGAUCGAAUGACCUGGCAAAUAGUAAGUGAUGUUGCCUUAGAUAAUGGCCAUGCUGAUAAAUUUUGCAAACUUUGUUUUGAUAAGCUUAUUGAAAUAUCAAGUAGUAUGGCGUGAUGUGUAUAGUUUAAUAUACUUUACUGAAGUUUAUGUUCAGAAAAGUAAGGUCGUGCACUAGAAACGUGCAAAAAUUUCAACAAUUUUAAAUCAAGAAGUCUAUCCAUUGUUAUAAGAAUUACUGAUUCACAUGUAGAAGCCACUGUAACCUGUUUUUCAAGUUUAAAUUAUUCAGUUCAGUAUUGUAUCCUUGAUAUGAUUUAAUAUAGUGAUUGAAAAUGUAAAGAAGCCGUUUGUUUACAUGCAUGCAUGCAUUAGCGACUGUAACCCACCUUUAAAGUUUUUAAAUCCAAUUAUAUCUCCUUUGCAUAAUAGCGCAUCUCGGUCGUUUUAUAUUGUGAACUUUUUCAAGCUGAAUAAAAUUUUUGUCAUUUA